UUGACGUUUAAAUUUGUCAACAAAACAGAACAGCUGUUGGAAAUUGCGGAAAAAGUUACAAAAAACUCCAUCACAGCAUGCCAUUGCCAAUGCCAAAUCCCUUGUCUCAUCAAUUUCGCGUCCGCCGCGAGAAUUUGCCGCAGUGCAUUCACAUCUGCAGCCGCGUGCGCGCGCAUUUUGACCAUGGCUCCGCUACCGUCCUUAGCAGUGUUUGAUUUUGAUCGCACUAUCGUCAGCGAUGAUUCAGAUGCUACAAUAAUUAACAGACUUCGUGAGAAGAAGCCUCCGCCCGAGUGGGAAGCUGGAAGUCUAGAUUGGACUCCCUAUAUGAGCGAUGUAUUCGAGCACGCGUACUCAGCUGGUUUCCACCCGUCAGACAUCCUGGAGUCCAUAGCGUCCAUGCGCGCCAACCCUGGCAUGCCACAGCUCAUCCAGACCCUGGCACGAGAGAACUGGCAUGUGCUGGUGCUGACUGAUGCCAACAGUGUGUUCGUCAACCACUGGCUCAAGACUCAUGGCCUGCAGGGAUCAAUAACGGAGGUGAUAACAAAUCGCGCAUUCUGGCGCAACGACCGACUCUACAUAGAACCCUGCAUGCGUCAAACUACUUGCCCGCGCUGUCCGUCCAACUUGUGCAAGUCACUCGCGCUAGCGCACUGGACCCAGUCGCGACAGUACGAGAGAAUAGUCUAUACGGGCGAUGGCAGGAAUGACUACUGUCCUGCCACCAGUUUACCGCCUAACUCAAUAGUCUUCCCCAGGAAAGGUUUCCCCAUGGAUGACCUGAUCCAGAAGACCCUGGCGUCCCCCAGCCCGCAGGUCAAGUGUGCCGUGGUGCCCUGGAGCCAUGCGUCCACUAUACUGCAGACACUGUUUCCUGGACAACACGCUAGUUAGGGAACCUUGAGGUCACCGCCCACUAGACACAUGACAUAGGACCUAUGACAAACAAGUUACAAAAAUUACGCAAACUAUUAGCAUACCAGUGUCAUGUUGCACAAGCUCAAAAUACCUUAAAGUUGCCACUCACUAGACAUAAUAUUAUAUUGGACAUGACUCAUAAGUCAUAACUAAUGACAGUCAAGUUAUUAAAAAAUUGUCCACAUACCUUCAAUGUACUAGACUAGUCAUGUUUCACAAACACAACAGUUUCAUGAUGUAUACCAUAACUUAUGUUUUAAGUUACUAUACAUAGUAGAAAAUUUGUGAUGUUUUGAAUAAGUUCAUAAGUAUUGCUGGCCCUAUGCUUCUUUGGGCGGAACCUAUUUAUAUAAACAAAAAAUAGGUAAUAUUGAUAAAUGUAGGAUUAUAAAUUCUGUUUUUACAAGUAUUUUUAACUUAUAUUUCAAUAACUUUUAAUCUUGAAUGUUAUAAAAUUGACUUACAAAGUGUUAUCUUUACAAUUACAUGGAAUCUGUAAUAUUGGACUUGUCUGUUUUGGUUUAUAUUUUAACACAAUUAAUUGCUGUGCAGUGGGUGUGUAGCUUAAGUAAUAAAAAGUCAGAUAGUU